GCGUCACCACCUGACCCUUUCACCCAUUGAUAGACGAAAUCGCUCUCCACAAACCCACACUCAACUGAAUGAAGGCACAGCCCCACCCUGCAGAGCCAGAGAUACGCGGUAAGGAAGGUCACAUCACACCACGCCAGCACGCGACCCUACACGCCCACAAGGCACAUACCAGUUUCAGCCGCCCUGCUUCUAUGCACAUGCCUGUUGAAUGGCCAACUCCUCAACCCGCCCAUUAUCCUCGAGCUGGCCCCGGCAACAACACUCACACACAUCUCUGCACUGUGCUUGCCAACUCCUGUGUGUGCGUUUUUGUCUUGGUUUGUUCGUUCGCGCUUUCGCGCCAACUUGUCCGUCAAGUGGUUAUCAGCAGCGGAACGGCUUACUUCACACACGCGCACAGCAGCAAAAGACAAUCACCAGCCAUGCACGGGCGAGGCACUCCAGCCCUCGCCCUGUUCCUGGUCGUCAUCGUCGCCCUGUCCACCACCGCACAUGCACUGGAGCCGAAGCUCUUCUUGAACUGUGGCGGAGAUGAGACCACGGCAGAUGCACACACUUGGCUGUCAGACAGCAGCUUCGUGAGUGGCACUUCAGGCACGUACACCAACCCAGACGGACCGACAGCUCCUCUUGACGGUGCCAACGAGGCGCUUCUCCCUAUCUUCAACACGCACAGAUACGCCGACAAGAAUGAAGCUGGUGAUUUUGAUCUCGCAUACGACCUCAGCCAAGCUUGCGGCAAUGGUGUGGCAGUGCUCGACCUUCACUUUGCUGAAGUCUACUACGACGCCGAGGGCAGGCGAGAAUUCGACGUCGUCAUCAACGAUGAGGUUGUCUUAAGCGCUUACGACAUCGUGGCGGAGGCCGGAGGUGCUUACAAGCCAGCCAUCACGCGUGUGGUGGCGCAGUGCCAAAACAGCCAGCUCGUCCUCAGCUUCAGAAAGAUCAAACGACGAGGGCAGCCGGCAAUUAGUGGUAUAGCGGUGUACGAGUCAGCAACAACACCAUCCGGAACCACAGCCGGCACUACGACCACUACAACAACGACUACGACAACGGCGACACUCGAUACAACCACAACAACAACCACAACCACCACCACCACGACGAACAAACAAACGACGCUCGAUACCACCACCACAACCACCACCACAACGACUACCACGACAGUUGAGGGCACACUGCCGAACGGCACAAGCAUCCUGCGCAUCAACUGCGGCGGUGAUGGAUUUGUCGAUGCCGACUCUGGCCUGACGUGGGUGGCUGACGAAGGAUACUACACGGGCGCAUCAAACACGUACGCCAACGACGGACCUGUGGCAUCCAGCUACCCGGGGCUCUCUACCGCCAUGCUCAUCACAGAGCGGUCCUCCCCCAGCCCAUUUGACCUGGAGUACACACUGCCGGUGGACACGCCCGGGCAGUAUGGCAUUGUUUUGUACUUUGUGGAGAAGUACUGGGACUCUGUUGGUGACCGCGUGUUUGACGUGGUGGUCGACGGUGCUGUUGUGGAGGAGAACCUCGAUGUGAUUGCGGAGGUUGGUACGUUCCGCGUGCACCCUGUGAUCGAGGUGGUGUCUGUGGAGGAGCCAGCGACCAUCAGUGUGUCGUUUGGGCGUGAGUUGAGGGCACACUGCCGAACAGGCACAAGCAUCCUGCGCAUCAACUGCGGCGGUGAUGGAUUUGUCGAUGCCGACUCUGGCCUGACGUGGGUGGCUGACGAAGGAUACUACACGGGCGCAUCAAACACCCCAUUUGACCUGGAGUACACACUGCCGGUGGACACGCCCGGGCAGUAUGGCAUUGUUUUGUACUUUGUGGAGAAGUACUGGGACUCUGUUGGUGACCGCGUGUUUGACGUGGUGGUCGACGGUGCUGUUGUGGAGGAGAACCUCGAUGUGAUUGCGGAGGUUGGUACGUUCCGCGUGCACCCUGUGAUCGAGGUGGUGUCUGUGGAGGAGCCAGCGACCAUCAGUGUGUCGUUUGGGCGUGAGGACCUCAACCUCUUCCAGCUCCGGUUCAGGCUUUGGGACGUUCACGUCGACAUCCACGUCCACGUCCACGUCCACCUCCACCUCUACCUCUACUUCUACUUCUACUUCUACGUCCACGUCCACCUCUACUUCCACGUCGACCUCCACUUCGACCUCUACUUCCACGUCCACAUCGACGUCCACAUCUACCUCCACCUCCACGUCCACGUCCACAUCUACCUCCACCUCUACGUCCACAUCUACCUCCACCUCUACGUCUACGUCCACGAGUACUUCCACGUCCACCUCCACGUCCACAUCUACCUCCACAUCUACUUCCACUUCCACCUCAACCUCAACCUCCACCUCCACCUCCACGAGUACUUCCACGUCUACUUCCACGUCUACCUCCACCUCUACUUCCACAUCCACCUCCACCUCAACCUCAACCUCCACGUCCACAUCCACUUCGACAUCCACUUCGACAAGUACGUCCACGAGUACGUCCACAAGCACUAG